AUGAUCCUCGAUGUCGCAAUUCUUCGACAUCCCCGAGUCAAACUAUUGGUUCCGUUUUGCGUCAUUCUACUACUCGGCUAUGGUGACUUUGCAGCAUUUUACUCCUUGGGCUACCAGGAGAUAUGGAAGUACCACUCCAAGGGAAACGCCAUUGCGCUCUGGACGCUUCUAGUGUUCUUCCAGAUAGCCAUUUUCGUGUAUUGGGCAGCCAUACUUACGGUGGGGCCGGGCAAGUCACCCACCUUCGUGCCCUUCAAUCUCUACAACAUCGAUGACCCCACGCUAUCCACGACACCUGAGGUGUUCGUGUCAGACGAGUUGGGAUUCCCGUUCUUCAACUCGCAAACCAACUCCAUUGCCAUCAACCGGACGUUUUACCUGAAGGACACCAACUACAACGUGUUGAAAUUCGAUCACUACUGUGUUUGGAUCGGCUGUGUCAUCGGCGAGACCAACUAUGUGUUCUUUUUGAAAUUUUUGGUGUGUCUCUUGUCUAUAUUCGUUAUUGUCUUGGGCCACCUCAUCAAGUUUGUGCCCUCCAACACCCACAGAGGUGAAAUAAACCAUAACUUCAUUAUACUCUUCGUCCUCUGCGGGUUCUGGAUCUUGAUGAUCACUAUCUUACUAGUUUCACACCUCCGUUAUGUCUGUCUUAACAUUACUACCUUGGACGAAAUCACCAUAUCCCAAAGGAAGGCAUACCUGAGGUGGGAGUCAAGGAAGAAUACCAACCGGGGACGCAGGAAUUUUCCUCGAGUGGAGCACGGAAAACGGUACGUUAACAUCAAAAGAGACGACAACAGGUAUGUGGUGGAAUAUGACGUUAAUGAAAGACCAUACACUAUGGGGAUGCAGGCAAACUGGAUCAAUUUAAUAUUCAAUGGUAAUAGAAAUCACGGAGGCAAGUACCAGUAUACCACUUCUCGCUUCAUUGCGGCCUUGAUCAUAUUUGCCAUACCUUUUGUGGAUAUUCCGUUUGUGCUCAAAUGCAGACACAGGCCCAUUAUCGGGGCAGAAAUGGGCAAUGAGGCAGAAAGGAGAAGAAUGGAAUUUGAAAGUUUUAGCAGCAGGUUCAGUCCCGAAUUCGUAAAAUUGUUAAAUGAGAAAAUAGAUAGAAACGAAUGUCAGGUGCCGAUCUACAUGAAGCCAGAAGAACGCACGGAGAGCGAUGUGUCCGAGUCCAGCACCAGUGCACAGGUUGCGGAUAAGGACGGAAAUGCUGUGGGACGCCCUUGA